AUGAACAAUAUAGUGAUAGUAGGUGCAGGUAUACUAGGACUAACUAAUGCCUUAUAUAUAAUUGAGAACUUGCCAAAUGUCAAUAUAACAAUAAUUUCUGAAUUAGGUCCAAAUGAUCCAUCAUCAUUAUUAAAUUUUAAAUAUGCUUCAAGUUGGGCAGGUGCUCAUUUUCGACCAUUUCCAAGCAGGAAUAAACAAGAUAUUAGAGAAAUGAAAAUGACAAGAGAAACAUAUAAAUAUUUCAAAUCUUUGAAUCUAGAUUGUGUGAAAUUAAUUAAAGGUAUUGAAUUAUUGGAAAAUCCAGACAAUCAUUAUAGUAAUGUACUUUACGGUUAUAGUGAAGAAAUUGAGAACUUCAAACAACUCUCCAAAGGUAAAUUCGAAUAUGAUACUUGGGUAGUUAAUCCAAGUGUAUACCUACCUUACUUAUAUGAAAAAUUGAAAAAUGACGGUGUAAAAUUCAUAAAUAAGAAAUUAGAAUCACUAAACCAAAUCAAUGAGAUUGUUUCUGGUUACCAUAUAAUUAUCAACUGUUCAGGAAUGGGUCUACAAUUUAAUGGCGGGUAUGAUAAAGACUCCUAUUCAAUUCGUGGUCAAACUUUAUUAAUUUCUCCACCUGAAAAUAGUCAAUAUUGGAGAAAGACAAUCACUUAUCAACUACUAUAUGGAUCAUGGAUAUUCAAUAUUCCAAGAUUUCCUAAUGAUGGUAUAAUAUUAGGUGGUACAAAACAAAUUGAAGAUACAUAUGAUAAUAUUCGAGAUGAAGAUACAGAAAAAUUACUUAAAUUGGGAUCUAAAUAUUUUCCUGAUUUAAUGAAGACUAAAGGGAAUGGAGAGAAGUAUUUUGAUAUUAAAAGAGUUAAUCUUGGAUUUAGACCUGCUAGAAUUGGUGGAUUAAAUACUUCAAUUGACUUGAAAAAUAAAAAUAUUGUUUUGAAUUGUUAUGGUGCUGGUGGUAUGGGUUAUGAAUUGUCUUAUGGAGCAGCUAAACGUGUCUUUGAAAACCUCAAGUCAGUGCUAAAUUUAAAUUCAGAUACUAAAUUAUAA